AUGCCCAAUAAAGCAGCAAAGGAUAUCUUGGAGACGGACAAGGAAGCGGAGUAUAUGCAGAGCUUCGUCCGUGGUGGAGGUUCAGAUGAUGAAAGGGAACCCAUUUCGCACCAUAAGGCCGAAUUACCCAAACAACUCUCAGAUUCCAGUGAUAAGUCCCCGAGAAAGGCCAAAACUGAUGUCUCAAGCAGAGCUGGAGCUACAAAGGAGCCACCAAAGUCAAAGAAGCGCAACAAACAACGGGAGUACUAUGAGGAAGUUUACUGUGACAAGGAUAGGGCAGCUGCUGUAAGCAUCGGAAGCUUCGAUAUCAAGCAGAGUCUCAAUCAGAAGGCUCGUCAGGAGAGGAAUCUCAAUCUAUCGCUUCCGGAAGAGGCUGAACCUGGAGCUCUGCUGGCGCUGGGCAUGAGGGAGGCUAAGAAUGGGAAUACUGAUAAUGCUGUUCAAUUUAUAUCGAAGGCUCUAGAGCUCAAUUCCCAAGAUCAGAAUGCAUUGGUGGCCAGAAGCAAAUGCUAUCUUCUACUCGGAGAACCAGACAAGGCACUCCAGGAUGCUGAAACAGCCCUUAUUGCUGACAAAAACAACAUUCGUGCAAUUUACCAGAAGGCAGAGUCUCUGUACUACUUGGGACAAUUCGAGCACAGCCUCAUGUUCUUCCACCGUGGACUGAGACUUCGUCCAGAGCUCAACACCUUUCGCCUGGGUGUCCAAAAGACCCAGGAAGCCAUUGAGAACACCAUUGGAGCAGCCCAGAAGCUCGAUCCGAAGCUAGAGAAGUCCAAUGGGAAGGACACAGCAUCUUCAACCAACCGAAGCACCUCGACUAAGAAGUCACGCAAAUCCAAAGCUACCAAAGCGGAUCUGGAGCGAAGGGCUGCCAGGAGGCUUCUGGGAGAGUUGUGUGUGGACAAGGAGUAUCUUGAGAACUUGCUGAAACAUCCAAAUCUCAAAUUGCUAAGCUCAGAAUCCGAUACCGAACCAAUUUCUGGAUUGGCUAAGGAUGCUGUUACCUUUCUCAAUACGCGUCAGGAAUUUUGGCGCCAACAGAGACCAUGCACGGCGCUAUCGAAUAAGAAGAUCAUGGAAGCUACAACAUCAAUGCCUAAAUGGUUUUAAGGUUCCUAAGCUCUAAUUUAUAAUAAACUGCACAAUAUCAUUAUAAUAAUAAAUCAAAGCAAUUUUAUGUAAGAAAAAGCAUUUCAUAAAUAAUUUGUAUAAUCAUGGUGGUACAAGAAGUAGUUUCAACUUUAUAUGGCUUUACUGAGAUUUAAAAAUUAAACUGCGAAUGCAACACUUUCAUGCAACAACUUUAAGAAUACACUAAAACUGGUCAGGAAAAUAAUUCUAAAAACCAAGCAAAAAAUGGUUUACUACUUCUGAAACUUUAAAUAAUAUAUGUUUAGAUAUUUAUUUUACUCUUUAAACUUUGAAGGAUUUAAGAAAGGAAAUAGAGUUCAGCCAAGAUAGUGUCCAAAAUCAUCUCAAACACAUAAACUAUUUUAAAGAAUAAAAAACCAACUUAUUAAUUUAAAAACUAAAUAUUUCAAUAAGAAUUUAAUUUUAGAACAAUAACAGAAAGAGAGAGCUGAACUUCAGGGCAGGAGCAAAAACCGUUUGAAACCAAAUAAACGUCAAAAUAAGUUUGUCCAGGUAGCGUUUUGACCUUUGACGCAUAAUUUUCAUUUGACGUUUAUUCGGUUUCAAACGGUUCUUGCUCACAUCUGACUUAGAGGAUAAUAAUUAGCAUUUUGGACAAAAAAAUAAUUAAAUUUCGGUCACUAGAAAAUUUGAAAUAAUUAUUCCAUUAAAUAGUUCUUUCAUUUUAGUAAAUACCUCAAAAGAUAACCUUAAAUCGUUUUAAACUGUGUCUUAAAAAUUUCAUAAAAUCUUAAACAUAGGUAGGGGAAGGUGAGACAGUUUGAGGCAGUUAAACAGUUUCUUACAAUUCUCAUACUAUAAGAAAAACUGUGUUAAUAUUUUAGUAAUCAUCAAUAUAAUUAGUAAUUAUUGUUUUAGAACAAUUAUUUUAGUUAUUAGUAAUUUUAAAAACUUUACUUAAAGUUAAAGUAAACUUAAAAGUUAAAGUAAAGUUAAAGUAAAGUACUUAAAGUAAAAGUUACUUAAAGUCAAGCUUACAACUGCUUCAUCUUCCUCUAUAUUGUUUAUUAUUUAUGCGUUUUAAAUUGGUUAGUAAAACUCGUUUAGUUUUUGGUUUUUAUAAAAAUUAAAAAAAAAGAAACGUUAAAAAUAACAGAUUAGUAUAAACGUAAAAAUUAAAAAAUAGAAUAUUGCGACUAUUGCGGAAUUGUCACUUUCUUAUUAACUCUUUUUUAAAUCUCACACUUUAAACUCAAUAUUAUCACAAUUUUCGUAUAAAGAUUUCCACCAAUUCACUUUUACUUGGCAGUAAUCAAAUUAAAUAAAACAUUGUCCAAAAAA